UACGCGUGCCUGUAAUUUAUUCUUCCACUGUAGCUGUGUGUAUACCAGCAUCUCCUUUGUGUUGAAGCUAAAAGCAGAUGUGCAAAAUGUAUUCUCACGGUUGUGGAUCAAAAUCAGUAUGACGUGAAUAAGAAGAAAACACGAUCAAGGGGGAGCAUCCACUUGAUACAAAAGGCCAGUCUCAUGUGCAAUACUAAGUAAUAGAUGUUCAUCUUCGUAAAUUUUCUUCACUCUUCGCCGGUUUCGCAACCCAACGAUGGGAACUUCUUCAUCAAAAGGACGUAAAAAAGCUCCCUACAAAUGCAAAAAGGAGCUCCCUUCCCGUUUCUGGGUGCCCUAUCCCCCGGAGCCCGGUGGUACAAACUCCAACCAGUUUGGCCGGGUGGUCAAGGCAGUGGACUUGACCAGUGUGCUCCGACCGUGCGGUAAUUUCAGCCAUUUACCGGCGGUCAGAUGGUGGGCGCAUUGUGAGUUUCUACCCUAUGAAGACUCCAAGUUGCUAAGUUGUAUUGCUUUGUAUGAUAUGGGAGGUCAGAGACUGCCACCACAUCUACCCCCAUGCACUACAAAUGGUAUCAUCAAUGUCUGGAACUUGGGAAAAGAAAACAGAGGUUGUAAGACCGAGAUACACAGGAAGAGCAGUCUUCGACAGCCUCAUUGUCAGAUGACGCCUGAUGGAGACUUUGUCUGUUACAUCGAGUCUAAUGGUAUCAUCAUGAGAAAUAUCAACGAUGUACAACGAUAUUACAGAAGAGAAGCCUUCUUUAGGUAUGGCAUCUAUCACUUCUGUUCCAUGUCACCUGAUGAGCUUUUCAUUGCUACCAUUACUAGACAGCGUCACUGCUUCCAGCUCUACGUCUUCUCAACCCAGUACUUCUACUCCUAUAAGGAGUCAAAUUGCCAUGAGAUCUUCCCGCAGUUUCUCAGCGAUAAACCCGGCCUCGCCCACGAGCAUAUCGAGUGUCGUUUCUCACCAGACAGCCAGUUUAUCGCGGUCAGUAGUUCCUUUGGUCAGCUUUUCGUGGCGAGGAAGUGUGGACUGACUCUAUAUCGAGGCAUCCUCCCUGGAGUGUGUGGGGAUACUGCAAGCCUAGCCAAUGCUCGCAUGUUUGAUUUUGACCCUAGGUUUGGGCAUGAGGUCAUGGCAGUCUGCUGCCUGGACCACGUCCUCAAAGUCUGCAAUCUGGAGACAGAGAAUCACAUUUGGAAAUUGUGCUUGCCAGACAGUCUUGGGAUUCCAGAUAGUUUGAAGUACAAUCAAGAUGGGAGUAUUCUGGCCGUGGCAGGGUCGGAAGCCAAGAUUGGACUGUUCCACUCUAGAAACGGGGAUCCUAUAACUACCUUAGAUGGGGCAGACCAGUGUAUACACUUCUCAAUGAAACGUCAACAGGCUUCGGGUUGCUAUCCAACAGUCUUGCGUCUCUCCUUUACCCAUAAUGCAUCACACCUUGCUGCGGCAUCCACAGAUGGGUUUGUGCGAAUCUGGCGACUCCCGCAGACUUUAAACUUGCAAAGCCUCUGUCGUCUUAAAAUCCUACGCCAUGUUCCGCUGAAUAAAGUAGCCAAACUACCACUACCACAAAAGCUGCGAGAUUACAUUCUUUGCAGCCCUAUGUGGACUUAAGUUAUGAAAUUACAUUCUUUGCAGCCCUAUGUGGACUUAAGUUAUGAAAUCGAGUACUGAAAUCUUGCCAAAGAAAUAUUUAUUGACAGUGAAAAGAUAAAACAUGAGACUCUCUCCUAAAGUAGAUGUGCCUUUUUUUGUUUCACGUUACUUUGCUGAUAAUACCAUGAUCUGAUAUCAUGCUUGUAAAAUGCUAAAAUAUUUGUGUCAAGUUGGGGGAAACCUACAUUUCAACAUAUUUAUUGUAACUUAAUAUUUAAAAAUGUGACCAAUCCAAUUUACUUUUUCUUCUGAUUAAAAAUAACUCCAGACCAUUGCUGCAAAAUGGAAAUUAAGUCCAUUUUAAUUAAGUGCAAUCCAUGAAAUAACUAUUAUUUAUAUCUCGAUGCUGAGAAAAAUUGUGGUAACAUUCUGAAGAAAAAAAUCUCUCCUGUAAAAUAGAUUAGUUGUAAGAAAAAGUACGACCAACAAACAAUCUUUUUUGUUUCCUUUACUCAUUUCCAAUUGUGUGCAUUACGCAGUGCAUAAAUACACAUUCGCUUAUGGGAAUGAAAGAUGGUGUUUUUUAUGCUAACUUUUGGUGAAUUAAAUAACGAUUGCACAGCUUCGAUGUAAUCACUCUGUGCUUUUAUACAAUCUGCAAAAAAAAGGAGAAAGAAAAAAAGAAAAUAAAUCAUCAUUAAAAAGACAAGA